UGUACUUCAGAACUACUUCCGUGCUAAAAUAUCUCAUAGCAGAAAUUUAGUUGGUUCUCUUUUGCCUUUUUUCGUUAUUAAUAUUUUAAUAAUGCCAGGUCCGAACAAAGAAACAGAUCUGACGGAGAGGGUCGAAGCUUUUCUAUCCGACCUGAAGCGGGGAGGCAGCGGGACCGGACCUCUGAGGGGUUCGGCUGAGACUGCCCGAGAAACGACGGAGUUACUCCGCAGAAUUACAGCCCAGGCUCGGUGGAGCAGCGCAGGCGAUCUGAUGGAGAUUAUCCAUAAAGAGGGCAGGAGAAUGACCGCAGCUCAGCCAUCAGAGACCACUGUGGGCAACAUGAUCCGAAGGGUGCUGAAGAUCAUCAGAGAGGAAUACGCCAGGUCUCGAGGCAGCAGUGAAGAGGCGGACCAGCAGGAGUCUCUCCACAAGCUGCUGACUUCUGGAGGACUCGGUGAGGAAACCUUCAGGCAGCAUUUUGCUCACCUCAAAGCCAAUGUCAUCGAGGCGAUAAAGGAGUUGCUGACGGAGCUGGAGGGAACCACCGAAUACAUCGCCAUCCAGGCGCUGGAGCACAUCCACUCCAACGAGGUCAUCAUGACGAUCGGGCGCUCUCGCACGGUGGAGGCCUUCCUGAAAGACGCGGCGCGCAAACGCAAGUUCCACGUCAUCGUGGCGGAGUGCGCCCCAUUCUGCCAGGGACACGAGAUGGCCACCGGCCUUUCCACAGCCGGCAUAGAAACGACGGUGAUUACAGACGCCGCCAUAUUCGCGGUCAUGUCGCGAGUUAAUAAGGUUAUCAUCGGUACUCAGACGGUUCUAGCCAACGGAGGGUUGAGGGCCGUGAACGGGACACACACUCUCGCCCUCGCAGCCAAACAUCACUCGACACCUCUCAUCGUUUGUGCUCCCAUGUUCAAGCUCUCACCUCAGUUUCCAAAUGAGGAGGAUACCUUCCAUAAGUUUGUCUCUCCACAUGAAGUCCUCCCUUUCACUGAAGGUGAGAUCCUCUCUAAAGUCAACGUGCACUGCCCCGUGUUCGACUACGUCCCCCCUGAGCUCAUCACGCUGUUCAUCUCCAACAUCGGAGGACACGCACCGUCAUACAUUUACCGACUGAUGAGUGAACUUUACCACCCAGAAGACCAUGAGCUUUAAUCUAGGCGACUAAUAAACAAAUUGAAAUGUUA